AUGCAGUUUUGUUUCAUAAAAUUAUUCUAUAUAAAACUCCGCCUUAUUUAUAUAAUAAGAUUACAUUUCGAAGUGAUGUUCACAAUAUCAAUGUUCGGUAUCGGAAGCUGGUUUCCCAACCACGUCUUCGUACAUCUAUGUUUAACAGAUGUUUUUCUCAUUUUAUCUACCACUUGUAUAAUCACGUCCCCACAAAACUUAAGUCUAUGUCUGUGUCAGCUUUUAAAAGAAGUUACAGAAAAUUUCUAUUAGAUGAAUUGUAGUGUUUAUUUUAUAUUGUUCCUUUCCUUUUUAUGUUUUAAAUGUUUUUUUUUUGUUAAAUCUGCCUAAAUGAUUUGACAUUUUUCGUUAAAUUAUAUUUUUUAUAUAAUUUCUUUAUAUACAUAUACAGUACAACCUCGAUAAUCCGAAUACAUGCUAAUCCGAAAUCGCGAUACCUGUCGAACUUCUCAGUACAUAGGCUGUUACUCGUCGCAGAAUAUGGAGUUGGGAGGUCAACCAUCACAGAUAUAAAGAAAAAGAAGACCCAAAUUGCUGAAUACAUGAAUUCUCAUCAACAACAAACAACACAUCUGACUUUGAAGACGGCCAAGCACCCCAAUGUAGAGACGGCGUUGUACACGUGGUUCCUGCAGCAGAGGACCAAAAAUGUGAACAUUUCGGGCGAAAUCCUGCAAGAAAAGGCGAAAUUUUUUUACAAAGAAAUUACGGGACGGGACGACUUUGCGGCAAGUUCUGGUUGGUUGGAUAAUUUUAAAAAGCGGUUUAAAAUUCGUCAGUUAACCGUUACGGAAGAAAAACUUUCGAGCAAUUUUGCAGCAGUUGAUCCAUUUCAAAAACUAUUUCUAAAUAAAGUGCGGGAAAUGAAUUUGGGUCCGGAACAAGUGUAUAAUGCCGAUGAAAGUGGGCUAUUUUGGCGGGCGCUACCCAAUAAGACAUUAGUACAUAAAGACGAAGACUCAGCUCCGGGACGAAAGAUAAGCAAGGAUCGGCUUACUUUCAUGCCAUGUGCAAAUGCAUCCGGAUCUCACAAAUUAAAGCUGUUCACAAUUGGAAAAGCUGCCAAUCCUAGAGUAUUUAAAAACUGUCGAAAUAAGUUGCCCGUGAUUUACAAAAAUCAGAGAUCUGCUUGGAUGAAUCAAGAACUUUUCAAGCAAUGGUUCCAUGAAGAGUUCGUCCCUCAGUGCAAGCUCAUUUAAAGCAAAUCGGUUUACCUCCUCGUGCUCUUUUGCUGCUGGACAAUGCACCUAGCCAUCCCGAACAAAAAGAACUGCGGAGCAGAGAUGGUCUAGUCUGUGUCUUAUAUUUGCCACCAAAUUGUACCCCAUUGUUGCAGCCGAUGGAUCAACAUGUCAUUCAAGCUAUUAAAAUGCACUACAGGAAGCAGCUUCUUCUUCAUUUAAUUGCUGAUGAUACCGAACCAGCAGAAGCAUUAAAAAGUUUCAAUUUAAAAAAUGCAAUUUUUAAUCUCCACACGUCGUGGGAGAACGUCAGCACUGAAUUAAUAAAAAAAUCAUGGAAAAAGCUUUGGCCUUUAAAUAUCCAUGAAAAUUUGGGCGAUGAAUACGAUGACGAAGAAGACUUGAUGCCAUUAGCAGAACUAAGGAGAAGAGCGAUAUCAGAUGAGCGAGAAUUUGAAGAAAUGACGGUUCUGAUGAAUGUCAUCUCAUCAGGACCGGAUCUUGCAGCGAAUGAAGUUAGAACAUGGGCCUUGGGCGACGCAGCUGAAAAUGAGCAAAUAACAUUUUCU